GGCGGGGUGAUGAAUAUGCGAUGAGGCGGCGGGGCGGGCUGGCGGCGGGAAGCGGCGGCGCGCGCCUCAAGAUGGCGACCGCCAUGUACCUGGAGCACUACCUGGACAGUAUCGAGAACCUGCCCUGCGAGCUGCAGAGGAACUUCCAGCUGAUGCGGGAGCUGGACCAGCGGACGGAAGAUAAGAAAGCAGAAAUUGACAGUCUUGCAGCAGAAUACAUUGACUCAGUGAAGAACAUGUUACCUGAGGAGAGAGUGGAACACCUGAAGAAGAUCCAGAGUGCCUACAGCAAGUGUAAAGAGUACAGUGAUGAUAAGGUGCAGCUGGCCAUGCAGACCUAUGAGAUGGUGGACAAGCACAUCCGCAGGCUGGAUGCAGACCUGGCCAGGUUUGAAGCAGACCUGAAAGAUAAACUGGAAGGCAGUGACUUUGAAAGCCCUGGACCCCGGAGCCUGAAAAAGGGACGAAGUCAGAAAGACAAAAGAGGCUCUCGUGGUCGAGGCAGGAGAACAUCUGAAGAAGAUACACCAAAGAAAAAGAAGCUCAAAGGAGGCUCAGAGUUUGCUGACACCAUCUUGUCAGUGCAUCCCUCAGAUGUCCUGGACAUGCCAGUGGACCCCAACGAACCCACCUACUGCUUGUGCCACCAGGUGUCCUAUGGAGAGAUGAUUGGCUGUGACAACCCAGAUUGCCCAAUUGAGUGGUUCCACUUUGCUUGUGUGGACCUCACCACCAAACCAAAAGGGAAGUGGUUUUGUCCACGUUGUGUUCAGGAAAGAAAGAAAAAAAAGUAAGGAAUAGAGGAGAAUACAUCCUGUGAGGCAAGAAGAAUUUAAUAUAUUCCUUCCUUCACGUUGCAAUAUUACCUUUGAUUUAUUCUUAUUUUUUAGCUACCCUCCUUUUUCUGAUACAAUAUUUAAUUGUCCAGUGGCCAGUUGUAAUUCCUGUUCUUUCACAGGAAAAUGAGGCUGGGAGAGAGGGAGGGAAUUUGCCACAGGGAGUUUAUUUAUGUUACACUUGCACAGCACAUAAAUUGGUGUGAUGAUGAAGUGCUAGGGCAGCCAGUACCUGUAGUCUCUGUGAGUUUGUAGGAGUCUGUGAAACCACCUAAGGAGAAGGAAAUAGCUGUUAUCUUCAGCCUGCUGCAUCAUCCAAGUAGCUUGUGCCUGGAGCUUAGGAUGGUAGGGAAGGAGUUUUCUCCUUGCCCAGGUGUGAAGCCCAUUUCUUGUGCAGUUCUGUAGUGCAGGAAGGAGCAGGGAAGCUGCCUCACCCUUCCCAGUGUGUUCCCUCAGAGCCAAGUGCUUCGUUUUGACAGGGCAGGAAUGGGAGAGAGGUAAGAUCAAAUCUUCUCUUCUGGGGAAUUUUUUUCUGUCUUAUCUUUGCACUGCCUUUUAUUUCACCUGAUCUUGCCCCCAUUCAUAUGAACCUUAACAGAAGCAAACCUUUUUGGUUUUUCACCUCCUCCUAAGGAAAGGUUUGUCUCUUUUGGGAGAAAACCUUUAAAUAGCAAAGAAAUUGUCCCACAGUGGUUUUUUUUGGUGACAUGAAUACUGAGAGAGUGUGACCUCUCCUGGCUGUUCCAUUUCUCUUGAAGUGCAUUACUGUGAAAAUGAAACCUUCAGUGUUGUUACAGAGUUAGAAGGUCAGAUCGAUUCAUAAAAUUAAGGUGAUUUGUGUUGCUGGUGUUUUGCCUGGUGGCACCUGGGAGAGGAAGAGGAGCUCGAUGGGGAUGCUCAGGAAGGAUGAAGGGUUUCUCAGGAUGGUGAGGCAAAACUGCAGAGUGGCCACGGGGGGGACCUGGAAGGGGAGUUGGAACAAUGAUUGCUGUGAAGUGGUGCUGUUGGAGGUGGCUGUUCAGCAGGAAUGUUCUAGAGUUACUUCUUGCCUACUUGAGUGGGGGCAGAUUUGCAUGUUCUUGGUUUCUUGAAGCUGUCUUUCCGUUAUGAAUGUGAAUCCUUGCUGCCCUCCCAGUGUCAGUUGCUGCAGCAGAAGGAAGAGAAGGCAAUCAGGAGGAGGAAAACAAAACUCCUGGUGGUUGUUUUUCCUUCCUCUGAGUUAGCAGUGGAUGCAGAAGUUGAGGGAAAAGCAUAGAACUCUCUGUCUUCAUACGUGUCUCCUGUGUGAUGGGUUUAACCUGCCUACAGUUCAAGGUGUUUUGGGGAAGGUGGCUCUGCUGGAGGAGAGGGGAAAAUAAAAAAAGCCCCCAACCAAUUUUCCCUGCAGCUGCAGGGAUCAGGGUUAAUGAACUGUGCUGGUUGUGGUCCCUGGUGGGUGUUGGUGGCUGCUCUGGGCAGGGCUGUGUGCUGCUUUGCAUGUCAUUGUGCAGGAGCUCUUGGGUAGAGGCCGUUGGGAAGGCAGAAGAAACUUCCAGAUCAGCUUUUGUUCAGCUGUAAAAACAACCCGAAUAAACAGUAUAGGAGGCAAAACCACUUCUAGUCAGAUUUUGGCACCUGUUCCCAAAAGAAAAAAGUGGUGGUUUGGGGUUUGGUUCCCUCCCCCUCCCCCAGUGACACUGACCCUCUCAGGUUUUGCACUGAAAGGGAAGUAGAACACAGAGCUCUUGCCACUUUCCCUUCCCCUCUUUGCUCCCUUGGGCUUUGCAGGUGCUGCAGGUCUGUCCACACUGGGUGAAACCUCUUGAUACUGAGGCAGCUUUUCUGUGAUUUAUUGCAUCUGCUGGGGGGGGGGGGGGAGAUCAAAAGAAAAAAAAAAAGCCUGUCUCCAGGGCUCCUCUCAUUUCCAAGUGUGAUGCUGCCUGUGUCUGUUGUCACCUCACGUCGCUCUGCAGGGUGGCACUGGAAGUUCCCAGGUGAUGCACGUUCUGCUCCCACCCAGAAAGCACACAGGUGGCAAGCUGGAGGGAAGGGGGAAGAAAAGCACAAUCACACAACCCCCCUCCCCAGCUUUUACAGACACAGUCAGGCCUCUUUCUGCCUCUUUUUUGAGAGGAGUUUCCUCCUGAUACCUCAUGAGCCAGCCUGUAGCCAGGGAGUGAGCCCUGGACCUCAGUGACCUGCUACACUGGAGUAAUGUAGGAGCCUUACGUGGCCUGCAGACCAAGUCCUGAUGCCACUGCAGGUUUUAUUUCACCCUCCAGUGCUAUUUUUUCCCCUUUUUUUUUGUCCUUUUCCCUAUUUUUUUUUUUUUUAUCUCCUCAGGCUUCAGCAGUAGUGGUAGCACCAUAGAUGAAACACUUGUUUUGAAACCACAAUCCCCACCUCACCUUUCGGGAAGGUUUUGCUGGAUAGAAAUCCAUGCCCUGGUGGAAGGGGAUAGUUCCCUAGGGAUUGUGAAUCUCCUGAGGUAAAACGUGUCCCUUUUGGUGCUGUCAACACCUCUCACGUGUCAGGACAAUGUCUGAUACCAGCAAUAAAUAACCUGUCCCACUGGGAACACACCAGCACCAGGGCUCUGGAGCAUCUCUCGGCCACUUAGACCUGGCUCUAGAGAUCUUUAAUUACUCCUUAUAGACAGAAAUACCAGUAGCCUUCAUUUUUUUUUUUCUUUUCUAAUUCUUUUAAUUCUGAAUUUUGAAUGUAUGUGGUUGAAUGUCCUUUCCUGGAGAAGGGUGACCAGGAUUGGGACAACACUUCAGAGGAAAUGUUCCACUAAAGCUUGUCAACCACCCAACCCCACGGGGUCAUCCCACCUGGAGGGGGAAAAGACUUUUUAAACACCAUUGUUCUGGUUUUUUUUAUUAAAAGGAAUCCAUUAGACCUUGUGUUCCCUUUGUAACCAGGAACAGAACAGAAAUCUUUUUAUGAAUGGUGAAAAAAAAAACCCACAAAGCAAACCAAAAAAGGAAUGUAAAGUUAAAAAAAAGAAAAAUGUACAUAUCUGUAUUUUUGGAUCGUGUUAUAGAUAAUGGAUAUAUUGUUAUAAAUAAAAGUAUUUUUGGGA